AUGGACACCGGAGAGCUCACGGAACGAGAAGUAGCAACGAGGCUCUCCAGGACAGAGAACACUGCUCCUGGAGAUGACAGGCUCACCUACAGCCACUGGAAGCGAGAAGACCCAGGAUGCCGUGUAAUCACAGCCAUCCUCAACAUAUGCUUCAGUCAACAAAGGAUCUCAGAGGCUUGCAAGUCUUCCCGGACGGUACUCAUCCCCAAGGCAGGUGACCCUAAUGACAUCACAAACUGGAGAUCAAUUACACUCUACCGCACCAUAUACAAGUUGUAUACUGGUUGCCUCUCCUCUAGACUGGGAAACUGGAUCGUCGAUAACGAAGUGGUGUGUCCCGCCUAG